AUGAUUAGACAAAGAACCACUAUAUUUAACCCAACUAAAUCCAAUGAUGGGAUCAUUGAAGCCGUCGAUUCGUCGCAUUUACAAUUAUCUUCAAUUGACUAUCAAUGCGAGGACAAGUUUAUCCUACAAACACCAAAAUUCAAAUAUAUUGAUAAGCUAAGAAUACAGCUAAAUCAAUUCCAUAGUGAACUGAUUCUUUUCAGCAAAUACCAAGCUGGGCUAAAUAUCUACUGUAAACCUAAGAUUGGAGAUGAAGGUUUUAAUCAAGAGGAAUUUUUUAAUGAAUUGAAUCAAAUGAUGACCAAUUUGUUUGAUAUUCCAAGAGAUGGGUGGAUUAAUUCAUUAGACACCUUAUUUUAUCAUGAGCCUAGCACAGGUUCUGAAAGCUUUAUUGAAUAUGUUAGGAAAUUGACUGGCAAUGAGCUGAACGUGAAUUUGGAAGUUCUGCCGAAUAUCGAAUAUGUUUAUGACGGAGAAAAGGUUGUUCUUAAACUAAAUGGUAAAAGUCUCGCUAAUACCACGAUUACUAAAAAUUCAAAGUUCAAUAAAGAAAUAGGAUUAUUCCUCAUAGAAAAAGGCAUCAGUUCCGAAGAUGAUAUCGUGUUAUCGGGAUUACGAGUUAUUUUGAAUGGUGACGAUGACAAGAAUGAAGAAUAUUUACAGAAAACUCUUUUCCAUGUUAAAAGGAGGCAAAGACAAUCAAGGGGAACAUAUUCGUCACAAGUUAAAGAGAAUGGAAUGCACCCAUUCUUAAAGACCGAUAUUCAUUCUGAUAUACCAAAUGACGAAGAUUUGAUUCAAUGUAAAUUAUACUACUACCUUGAUUUAAACAAGUCAUUUUUUGUUGAUAAAUAUCAAUUGCCCAAAGAAUUCACAUCAUAUGUUAAUUUUGGAAAUACGGAUUUAGAAUUGCCCGAGUAUAAAAUUAACGAAUGGGGUUCAGAGAUAUUAAUGGAAAUUGAAAAUAAUCAACAAAUAAGCUUACCGUUACACUCAAGAUAUCAAUUACCGAACAACGAAAGUAGCAUAAGAGUAACUGGUAUCAAUGAUCCAUUGAUAUUUUAUGGGUGUGAUGUCAAAGAUUCAUAUUUGUUAGAGAGUAGUCCUUUUGAUAAUAGAUUAGACAUCGGAGGAAAUUAUGAGAGAUUCUUUACGGACAAUACUGUUUUCUAUCAUCUUCUGUCUCAUGAGAAUCAGUUACAGAUUAAUAUACCUCGUGGGAAUGAACUGAUCAAGAAAAUUAAUUUCGUUACGAAUUUAAUAUUCAUUGCGGGUGUGGUGUUGAUUUUUUAUAAAAUAGUACAAGGUAUUUUCAAGAGAAACCCAUCAGCUGGAACCAGAAAGAACGAAUAA